CUUUACAGACUGCGAAGGUAUUAAAUUCUCUCUCUCCAGAUCCCUCCUGAGUUGGCUUGUGUGUUUUUUUUCUGCUUGCAAAGCUCCUUAUCAGCCAGUGACACCCGCAGGGAUUUCCUGCCCAGGUUGUCCAUCCCAGCCCUGAUUUGCACAGGAAGGCGGGAAUAAAAAGGCUGCCCUUCCCCAUCCAGAGGGACCUCUUGUCUCCAGACAGCAUCACAGUGGGACCACAGAGGGAGAGAAAGAGGGAGCAAGCACAGAAGCAGCCCUGGCUGGGGAAGGCCAUGGAGCUGCAAAGGCGGGCAGAGGUGGUGCUGGCCAUGGUGGCAACUGCGUUCAGUGGGAGUUGCUUAGGGAGACAGAGAGUGGCCCACCUUGCCUGGCCGCCGCAGAGGGGCACAGACAGCUGACAAGGACACAUGGUAGGUAUUGUAUGACUGUUGAGGUUCUAAGGCUUGGGGUUGUUUGGGGAGCCAGGCCACAGAGGAUGGUUGUCGUUCAGUGGCAGGUCUGAGGUUCAAUCCAUUUAUUCAGAAUUAUGAGGACUGUGGUCUUUUUAGGAGAGGGGCUGUUACUCAGUGGCAGAGCAUUUGCCUCUCACGCAGAAGGACCCAGGUUCAAUACCCAAUGACACCGUCAGGCAGGGCUGGAAACAUGCGCUGCCUGAAUCUCUUGAGAGCCACCGCUGCCAGUCAGUGCUGGCAGUUCUGAGCUACAUGGGCCAGUGGUCUGGCUCUGUUAUAAGGUAGCUUCCUGUGGCUUUAUAUAAUGCAGUCCUUUCUUCAGUACCAUGAGGACUAGAAUCUUACUUUAUUUUUGGGGAAAGAGUCAUAGCUCUGUGGAAGAGCAGAAGGUCCCAAGUUUGAGCCCCCAACUCCAGCUAGGACUGGGAGUCAUUCCCUACCGGUAAUCCUAGAGAGCUCCUGCUGCUGCUCAGUGUAGACAGAACUGAGCAGAACAUAGUGUUUGAAGGCACUUCCUAUGCUGCUGUUUGAUUCUGCCCUUUAUUAUACAGAACAAUAAGGACUGGAACCUUAUUUGGUUUCAGGGAGAAGGUCUGUAGUACUGUGGCAGAGCAUCUGCUUGGCACACAGAGGGUCCUGGGUUCAAUUUCUGAUGGCAUUUCCAGGACUGGCUAGGAGAGACCUCUUCUCCAAAAUCUUUCCAGUCAAUGUGGGCAAUAAUGAACCAGAUGGACUCAACGCAAAGUGGCUUUCCGUGUUCCUGUUUAAUUCAGCCAUUUGGCCAUUACCAUGAAGACUAGACACUUACUUUAUGUUUAUAGGAAGAUCCAUAACUCAGCAGCUGAGUACCUGUUUUCCAUACCAAAGGUGCCAACUUCAAUCCGCAGUGGUGCUCCAGGUAGGGCUGGGAAUAAAUAAAGUACCUUGUCUGGAAACCUUAGAGUUUUACUGCCAAUGCUGAGCUAGAGAUGCCAAUGAUCUGACUUGAUAGGAAAAUAACUUUGAGAGCAGUGGAAGAAAAAUGAUAAUAUUUGAAAUGGAAGAAUGUGUCUUAGGUUAAAUGUUUAUUAGAAUGCAUUAUGUGGAUGGGAUGGGAUGAAGAACAGCAUGUAAGGAAAGGUGGGAAGUAAAAGUUUAAAGAGAAAUGUAUAACAAACUUAAAAGCUGGAAUUGGUAUGGAAAUAUUUCAAAGUUUAAUAAAAAUUUUGCGUAAAAAAGGAAAAAGAACUUUUUUUCUUUAAAAAAAAAAGAGGACUGUAGUGUAGAGGUCUUGGGGUCAAUCCUGAGCUUCUUCACAUAAUGACUGGGAAAAAGACUCCAGCCUAAAAUCCUGGAGAGCUUCUGCCAGUCAGUGUAGACAGUACUAAGCUAGUGCAGGUGAUAUAUUACAGUGCUGUCUACCACAGAGCUAUGGCCUAGGCAUAAAGCAAGAUUCUAGUCCUCAUAGUUCUGAACAAACUGGAAAUCAGGAAGCUACUUUAGAAAAAGUCAGACCACGGGUUCCUUUAGCUUAGUGCUGUCUGCACAGACUGGCCGUGGCUCUCCAGGAUUUUGGACAGGAGUCCAGCUUCAUCUGGACAUGCCAGGCAUGGAACCGGGGUUCUUCUGCAUGGCAAGCAGAAACUCUUGCAUGACUCUUUCCAGUCAUCUUUUUGCUGUUUUCAGAGCGUGAAGAUUAGCUGUGAUUCCUGCACUGCAGGGGGUUAGACUAGAUGAUUUUUCAGCUCUAAAAUUUGAUGUUACUAUGAGAUACAGUAGGGGAGCGGGCAGGGGGGCCGGCCGUCUCAUUUGCAUCUGGUCAAAGCAGCAGAGAGUAGGAUGGUGGGUGGGAAUGGGUGUGACAACCUCAGACUACCCAUGCCAAGUCCCCCACAACUGUUCCUUCUGCCACUCUCUUUUGAACCUGAGUGAGGGAAGUGGCAGAGCAAAUCCGCCUUCCCUGUAAGCGAGAUGAAAAGGCUCUGCCAAUGUUCUUGGCUGACUUUCUAAAAUGCUACGGCAGAUUUUGAAUUCCUGACAUAUUCCUAAAUUUUUUAAUAUUUGACAUCCGUGGUACAAAAAGGAUGUAUCGGUAGCUGAAAUACUUUCCUGCAUAUCAGGGAAGGGGGCCUUCUGCACCCCCAUAUAUUAUUGGACUCCAGCUCCCAUCAGGCCCAGGAGACAGCAUGGCCAACCCCUCAGGGGAGAUGUGAGUUCGAGUCCAGGGUCCCCAACCUUUAAUGCCUUUAAUGUGCUCUGCAGAAACCAGCAAGAGACUCUUUUCACAGCUGGAAUGAAGCACUGCCACCUAUUAAUGUCUGCAGUGGGGUGGUGGUUCAGCUGCUGUAAAAAAACCCAACCCAAACCAAACCAAACCAAACACAGGAGCAGGAGUCAGUCAGAAAGUUGGCAAUCUGAGCAAAUUGCAUGCAUUAGCCGCCUCAUUAAUGGAUGCCUGAUUAAGGCAUCCCGCAAAACCAUCUCUUAGACUAUGCACAACUGUGCUUUUUCCUCUUGCUCCAGCAGUAAGAAGUCAAAGUGCCCUUUGGAGAGAAUCCACUUUGGUUUAAUGACAGAUGACGGAUCAAGAUGCUUCAGGUGAGUCAUUUUAGAUGCUGCAAUACAGUCCCUAACCUUUUGCCAAGUAAAUAAAACAAGGCUAAAAUGAUAUUGUGGAGCUGGAAAAGGUUCAGAAAAGGGCAACCGAAAUAUCAAGGGGAUAUAAUGACUACCCUUAGAGGAAAGGCUGCUUCAUUUGAGACUUUGGGGUUUAUGGAAAAUGCAAGGAAGAGGCAUGGCAGUUUAUAAAAUGAUGCAUGGUAUGGAGAAAGCAUGGAGGGUGACACCCAGGGAAAUCAAAUGAAGCUGAAGGUGGGAAGGUUCAGGACAGAUGAAAGGGAUAAUUUCUUCACACAGCGCAGAAGAAAAUUGUGGAGCUCACUCCCUUAGGAGGCAGUGAUGCCCAUCAGCUUGGAUGGCUUUAAAAGAGGAUUGGGCAAAUUCAUGGAGGAGGAGAGGGCUAUUGAUGGCCAUUAGCCAUAAAGACUAUGUUCUGCCUCCACAAUUGGGAGGCAGCAAUGCUUCUGAAUACCAGUUGCUGGAAACCACAGGAGGGGAGAGGGCUCUUGUCUUAGAAUUCCGCUUGCUUGUUUCCUACAGUCAACCUUUAGACUAAUGUGAGAACAGGAUGAUUGACUAAAUGUGCCAUUGGCCUCUUCUUCUGUUCCAAGCAAGGCUGCUGUAUGUAGACUCUAAUUUGUGAGGCAUAAGCUGUCUGUCUAGCCCAAUAACAUUUUCUGUGACCAAGAGCGGCUCUCCAAGGUUUCAUGAGGACUAGGGUCUCUCAUGAUCUGCCACAAAUUGCUUAUCUGUUGUCAGAUACUGAAUUUUCUGUGCUGCAUACACACACUUGAUAUUUACAGCACAUUUUACUUUUCAUACAGCCACAGUUCCUAGCACCCACAACAAACUAGUUUUCAGGAUUCUUUUCGGAAAGAGGAAAGAAUGUGCUUAGGACCUAACAUAUUUUGGUGACAAUUGUUUAAAACUAUUUUAAUUGUUGCAACUGGCCCUGGGGCCUUAAGGUGAAGGGCGGUUUAUUAUUACUAUUAGUAGUAGUAAUAGUAGUAGUAAUUUUUGGUGUGUAGACGCUUUUCAUUGUGAUCGCCACACGGAUCCAUGCACAAGUGCUUUCAGAAAUAGCUACCGGUAUAUAUUGUCACGAUGGUGCGCUGAUUUAAUAACAAAAUUAUUAUUUAAUUGCAUUGCUUGCCAAAUGUUUAAAAAUGUUGAAAGGGUGGGAUGCAAGCUCCUGGUUGUAUCUAGAGUAGACCAACUGAAAUGAAUGGGCAUUGCUAACAGGCCCAUUUAUUUCAUGGGGUCAAGUUUGAGUAGGGCUUUGUUUGUAAACAAGGGGAAAUAAGAUGUACUGCAAAAUUGCACCCCACUCCCAGAUGUCCAACUGAAGGCCCAAAACUGAUACAGUGGUACCUCGAGUUACAUACGCUUGAGGUUACAGACUCUGCUAACCCAGAAAUAGUACCUCGGGUUAAGAACUUUGCUUCAGGAUGAGAACAGAAAUUGUGCAGCGGCGGCGCAGCGGCAGCAGGAGGCCCCACUAGCUAAAGUGGUGCUCCAGGUUAAGAACGGUUUCAGGUUAAGAAUGGACCUCUGGAACGAAUUAAGUACUUAACCUGAGGUACCAUUGUAAUGGAUACCUUUUAAAUUUUUGUUUUGUUUACACUGGUACCUUGGUUCUCAAACUUAAUGCGUUCCGGACAUCUGUUCCAAAACCAAAGCAUUCCAAAACCAAAGUAAUGCAAAAUGGAUUUUUGUUAAUUAAGUUCUUAACCCAAGGUACCACUGUACCUUGUCCACACGUUGUAGGCUCUCAGCCCUAAUGUGCUAGCUUUCCCUUGGGAAGUAAGUCCCAUUGUAACAAGGAAGAGCUUAUCUGGGGGGGGGGGGGAGUGGACAGGAUUUGGCUGUAGAUAGCAACUCAGGACCAGUUUCACUAGCUUUCUCACCUGCUGUUACCCAGACCUAUGUUUCUGGUUCUCUUGAUUCCUGAAGAAGUAACCUCCCUGUUCAUUUUUUGGUUCAAAAACACAAACACGUGUUCAGGCAGUUUAUGGAGAAGGAGGAGGCCCUGUCCUCUUGGGACAGUUUUCUGAAGGCAAGUUUCUUAUCUUUAAUGGGGGGAGAGAACAGUGCAGAAAGAAUUCCUUCCUUUCUUCUUGCAAUCUGCAACCUCUUUGCAAAAAAAAGUGGACGGUUCCCCCCACGCCCCGUCCAAGGAUGCUGCAGAGCUCAAAUCUUUUCUUGAUAAUCUUUUCCUUGAGAUCAGUGGACUGGCUGAGAGACAGAAGCGCGCAAAGAAGGCGAGGUAGACAUGGUGUGUUUGUCUGUCUGUGUGUGUGUGUGUGUUAAAAGGCAAUUCUGGAUAUUACUUUAAAAAAAAACGGGAAGAAAAGGAGGAGAAGGAAGCGGGGUGGCAGGGAGAUUUGCUUUCUUCAGGGGGUGGGAAGGAAGCGGCCGGUUUGCAAAAGCGCCUCUGCAGGAAAAGUGAGUAGCAUUUAUUUAUUUUUUGGAAAGCGGAAAAGCGCCUGCAAGGACCGUUGCUGGGGGCUUUUAAUGUUGCUCCCCCGCCCCGUUUUUCUCUCUUGUUUGCACGCUUUGGUUGAGGCAAAUCGAGACUUAAAUCAGCUGCUGGAUUUGGGAGGAGAAAGAGGGACCUGUGUGGAGUUUUGUGUGUGUGAGAGGGAGAUUCCAAAAUCCGGUUUCUUUUUUUCUUUUUGCUAAUGCAAUAUUUUUUAGUAAAGAGGGAGGGAGUUUGGGGCGGUGGGUGCCUGUUGUUUGUUUGAGCCUCGUUCGCUCGUGCAAUGCAACUUUUGCAAAACAUUUUGCAGCGGGCGGCGAAGGGUCCCUCUCGGUGGCGCGGGAAGCGGAAUUUGCAGAGGUGGAGAAGAGGGCAGAUAAGGCAGCAGAACUUAGGAGAAUCUCCUACACAGAUUUGUUGGAGGAGUUGUUGCUUAAACAAUAGGACUGAACCGGGGGGGGGGUUGUGAAUGGGCUCCAAUCCCGCCCCCGGAGAGAAUCUCCUUCGCUUCUGUCGCUUGAACAAUAGUUAUUUCUCUACCCACCCCGUUGCACAGAAGACUCCUUUUACACAAAGUGUAAAGCUCUUUAAAUUUAUAUAUUGUAUAUGUAUGACAAUUAGAGGACCUCCCCACCUAGUGGUGGUAAAAAAAGUUUAACUUGCCGUUAACGUAGAAAAACUUCAUUUUUUAACAAAUGCAUAAAGAAAAGUAUUUAUGCGUGUUUAAAAAAUAAUAAUGCACAGGAUAUUUUAGAUAGCUGAUGCAACCUGUUUUGACCAAUAAUGUUUUUCAAACCCAAUCUUUAUCUAUUCCUUAUUUAAUAAUAUGUAUAUGUUUAUGUAUUGCAAAGGAACAGCAACCUCAAAGUGGUUAAUGAAAAGAAUAAAACAACGAGAUUAUCAGUUUUAAAAAAGUUUUUAAAAGCUAUUUAAAACUUUAAACCUUUUUAAAACUUUAAAUGCUUUUAAAAAAUGCUGCUUUGACCUCACAACGGUCCUGUGAGGGAGGCCUGAUGUUGAGAGCUAGUAAGAUCAAAUUGGUUGUGGAGGAGGAGGGAUGUGAUCCCUUGAACCGUUGAGGGAGUUGGGCAUGCUUAGUCUGGAAAAGAGGAUACCGAGUGGAGAUAUGAUAGCCAUCUUCAAAUCUCUAAAGGGCUGUCACAUGGAAGAUGGAGUGAGCUUGUUUUCCCCGGCUCUGAAGGGUAAGACUUGAACCAACAGUUUCAAGUUACAAGAAACGAGGAAGAACUUUCUAAAGGCAAGAGCUGUUCUAAGAGAUGUUCUACAGUGGAAUGGUCUCCCUUCGGAGGUUGUGGACUUCAUUGGAGGUGUUUAAGCAGAGGUUAGGGACGCAGGUGGUGCUGUGGGUUAAACCACAGAGCCUAGGACUUGCCGAUCAGAAGGUCGGCGGAUUGAAUCCCCGUGACGGGGUGAGCUCUCGUUGCUCGGUUCCUGCUCCUGCCAACCUAGCAGUUUGAAAGCACAUCAAAGUGCAAGUAGAUAAAUAGGUACCACUCCGGCGGGAAGGUAAACGGCGUUUCUGUGUGCUGCUCUGGUUCGCCAGAAGCAGCUUAGUCAUGCUGGCCACAUGACCCGGAAGCUGUCUGCGGACAAACGCCGGCUCCCUCGACCAAUAAAGCGAGAUGAGCGCCGCAACCCCAGAGUUGGUCGCGACUGGACCUGAUGGUCAGGGGUCCCUUUACCUUUACCUUUAAGCAGAGGUUGGAUGGCCAUCUGUCUUGGAUGAUUUAGUUAAGAUUCCUGUAUUGCAGGGUGUUGGACUAUAUGACCCUUGGGGUCCCUUACAAGUCCGCAAUUCUAUGAUUCUGUGAUUUCACUUUGCUGGCUCUGACUGUGGAGGCAGACCAUAGUCAUUGUGGUUUGUGGCCGUUGAUAGCCUCUUACUGCUCCAUGAAAUUGUCUACCAGUAAUUAUCAGCUACAGUAAUUUAACUGAGAGAUUCCUGCUGCUCCUAGGUGUCUGUCCUGUUCAAAUGAGCUGAACGAAUUUGGAAUCACUUUGCAUGCGUGUAGGAGACCGAAGAUAAUUUUCCAGCACAGUUGAGCAGCUGGAAUGAACUGGGGUUUUUUUUGUGUGUGUGUGUGUGUGUGUGUGUGUGUGUGAAUCGCACUUUCAAUCUCAGCCUCUGAAGGAGAAGGGCAGAUCACAGGUAAAAAGAUGCACCUGUCUGUGGGUUUUCCAGAACUCGGUCAAAAACAGUGUUCACUCAAUGGGCAAUCAAAUAAAUCGAAAACCCAUUUAAAACAGCAGGUCCCAAGGGGAACUGUCCCAUCAGCGCCAGACUUCAACACUUUUAGGAAAAAGUUUAGCAGCACAGGAGCAGAGCUGGUGGUUCAAAUGUCCUUCCUCACCAUGGGUGAUGCUGGCUGCUGGGAGCCUUACCUGGACGUGAGGUAGGACUGGAACACAGGACAUAAGCUCUGCAGUGGAGCUCUCAAGCGUCUCCCUGUUGAUUGCAACCUAUAUGAGGAACAGGUUGGUUUUAAGUGAAACCUAGGAUUGCAGUUAAGCCACAGUGUGCCCUAUUUACUAUAGAGUCAUAGAAUUGUAGAGUUGUAAGGGACCCCCAAGGGCCAUCUAGUCCAACCCCCCAUAGUUCAAGAACCACAGCUGCUGUGCUGCAUUGACAUUGCUUACAAAUUUUCAGAAACCAGCACUGUUCCUUUAUAACGUGGAGAUAUUUGUGAAUGUUUCCCAUUAUCUGGCAUCAUUCUCAUUUAGUUAGUGGCGCUGAUGGAGAGGAAUGUUGUGGGAAUGUAUUUAGCUCUGAGUCGGGCUGACUGCUGGAAUUUAUCUUCCUGCAAGCAUAAUUUCAUGACUCCACAGUUGAUGGUGUUCUGGGAUUUAUUUAUUGUUUUGGAGUGGAGGAACGGGACCUGGAAUGCACAUAAGGGAGUUCUGUGAGAGUUAACACAGUUUCGGCAUGAAUUGGAAGAGAUUUUUACAUCUCCAGUGAGCCGCUGCUAAUUCCUGGCUCUUAACCGCCAACUAUGCAUUAUGAAUGUUUAGUAAUGUCCAGACCCCAAGGGGGGCUGGCUCGGAUAUUUGACAUUUCCCAACAUGCUGUGUGCUACUCAGUCAUAGAAUUGUAGAGAUGAAAGGGACCCUGAGGGUCAUCUAGUCCAACCUCCUCCAAAUGCAAGUAUCUCAGCUAAAGCAUCUGUGACAGAUGGCUGUCCAGCCUCUGUUUUAAAACAUGCAAGGAAGGAGAGUCCACCACCUUCCAAAGGAGACUGUUCCACUGUCAAACAGCUCUUUUAGAAAGUUUUAGCUGGAAUGCUUAGUAUGUUUAGUCAGAAUCUCUUUUCUUGUAGUUUGAAUCAGUCGCUUCAGGUUCUCCCUCUCUGGUGCAGGAUCACAUUUACAACAUUCAUUUGAUGCACAUGGCUUCCCCCCAAAAACCCUGGACACUCUGUGAGUUUUCACCUCACAGCGCUUCAAUUCCCAGCACCCUUAACAAACCACAGUUUCCAGGAUUCAUGGGUGUGUUUUAAAUGUGUGUUAAAUGCAUUUUACAUUUACAGUUUUAAUCAACUGUGGCCUUUUAAGUAAUUCCUCAUGGGCAUAUUUUGAUCAGAAAUUCUCACCAAAUGCCUUGGGUGGAGCAGGGUGCUAUAGGGACACCCCAUUAUUUGAAGAACCUCGAGUUUUCCCCUGCUUUCUUUGGUGAUGGCAACUAGUCUGGCAGCUGUUCCCAGGUCCAGCUUUGCUAACCAGAUGUCCAGCUAGCCAGAUGUCCAGAAAUCAGGGUUUGAACUUCUGGACCAGAGGCACGACCACAGCAGCAGCAGUGGUUCGGGCAAAGCCAGGAGAUCAAUGACAGCGGCAAAUGUGAGAUGCCAAAAAGUGUUUUCAGCCAUCUGGUUUCUAAAAAGCAUUCAGCAUAUCUAUCUUUCAGUUAAAGUUUAUUUCCAUGUUCAGAUCUCUUCAUUUGCCUGGGGUGGGGUGGGUUAGUGCUUCUUCCUUUACAAAGCUGGAGAAUUCUGACGGCUGGGGGUGAAACUUUCCUGCAUUUCAUAUAAUUCAUCUAUCACCUAUCUAUUUAUCACCACUCCAUUAAGUAAUAUUUUGUCUCCCAUGGUUCUCCCCAAGUUAAUAAUAAUGCUUUAUAUGUAGGAGUGUAAAUUACUCUGCAGAACAGUUUCCUGCAGAUUUUCUCAGGUGCUGAUAAAAAAUCCCCUGUGCUCUACAUUAAGAGGAGUCUGGCUGCUGGAUUGGACCCAGAGCCUGCCUCAUCCAUCCUGCAUCUGGUUGUCGGGCGGAUGCCCCUUGGAAAACCCACAGUGAGCAGGAUGCAAGCACGACAGUGCUCAUGAUUGAACCAUCAGCUCUGUUCCUGGGUUGCCAAACUUUCCCCUAAAAGUGUUGAGGUCUGGCCCUGAUGGGACAGUUCCCCUUGGGACAUAAGAAGAAGCUGCCUUGUCAGAUAAUUAAGAACAUAAGCAGAGCCUGCUGGUUCCAUUCUAGUACAGUGGUACCUCGGGUUACAGAUGCUUCAGGUUACAGACUCCGCUAACCCAGAAAUAGUGCCUUGGGUUAAGAACUUUGCUUCAGGAUGAGAACAGAAAUCGUGCUACGGCGGCAGCGGGAGGCCCCAUUAGCUGAAGUGGUACCUCAGGUAAGAACAGUUUCAGGUUCGACCUCCGGAACUAAUGAAGUUCUUAACCGGAGGUACCACUGUACUCUGUUCUACACAGUGGCUCCCGAGGUGUUCAAAAGGGAAACCAGCAAGCGGGGUUUGAGCACAAGAGGCCUCUCCCCUCUCUUGCAGCAACUAGGAUUCAGAAGCAUUGCUGCCUCUGUUAAGGCAGAGCCUGGCCAUUGUGGUAAUAGCCUUCAAUAUGAAUUUGUCCUCUAUGAAUUUGUCAAAUCCCUUUUUAAAAGCCAUCCAGGUCAGUGGCUAUCAUUGUCUCCUGUGGGAGGGAGUUCCAUAGUUUAACUAUCUGUCCUGAACCUUCCAACAUUCAACUUCAUUGGAUGUCCACAAGUUCUAGUGUUAUGGGAAAGGGAGAAAAAGUGUUCCCUCCCCGUCCACCUUUUACUUGCCAUGUAGUUUGUCAUUCGUUUUAUUUUUUAUUAUUAUCAUGUCAUGUUUAUUACAAAUGCUGGGAUUCCUGCAUGGCAGGGAGUUGUACUAGGUGACUCCUGGGGUCCCUUCCAACUUUACAGUUCUGUGAUUCUGUGUCACCUCUUGCUGGCUCUGGUGAUUUAAAUAGGUGCUCAAUUAUUUGACUUUUGACGGAGUCCCUGAAAACCCACAGACAGGUGCAUCUUUUUUUACCUCUUACCCGCCCUUUCCCUUUCAUCUACAGCUUCAUUGUCUACAACUUUAUUAACAUGUAUCUACAACUCCACUAGCAUCUCUCGGUAUUGUGAAUAACACCGAACUUACCUUUUGUUGGUAUCUUCAUGAACUUAUCUAAAAGACCGAAUUAAGCAUUUGAAAAAUCUAUUGAAACCAGACAUUAUAAGUUCAUUUUAGGCUAGGUAGUUUGCAGGUCUCUGUGGCUUUGUUUAAUGUUUUGUAUUUUUCUCAGAAGGUUGAUAAAGUAUAUAUAAUUACUGCUCUGUGUAUAUUAAUCGCCAAUGUGUUGCAUGAGUCGUACUACUUUCCCUUUCAGAGGCUGGGGUUGCAAGUGUGACAUUUUCUCUCUCACACAACCACACACAACCCCUGUUCAUUUCAGCUGUAGUCUCCUGCAUGCGUGCAAAGUGCUGUCAAAUUCCUUCAUCUCGCUCUCUUUUGGUUUCCAGGUGUGUGCACUGAAGAGCCCCUUGCUGUGAAACACACCCCACCCACACCUGUAUUUGCUACACUGGAGGGGUGGGGGAGAAAAGGCCCAGCAGAGGAUAGGAAAUGAGGAGGAUCAGCUGCCUUCUGGCAUUGGUCCUUUUCAUCCUUGCUGUGAUCAAUGCUGAGUGUUCCUCUAGACCAGGGUAAGUGUCCUUUCUCUUCGGAUCACCAUUUCCAAGGCAGCUUUGCUUGGAGCGUCAUGGCCAACUGGGGAUUUGAACUCUGAUCUCCCAGAUCCUAAUCUGACACUCUAACCACUGCACCACACUGCCUAGUAGGUUGCAAGAAGGCUGGGAUAUUGUGUUGCUUUCGACUUGAUUUCACUGGUCCUCCUUUUUCCUUUCCUUUCUAAGGAAGGCUCCACAAGUAAUUUAAAAAUAUGUACAUGUGUGUGUGUAAAUGCGUGCGUAGGAGGCCAGAUAUCAGAUUCUGACAUAUGCAACUAUUUAACUGGAUUUAUAUACUGCAUAAUCAUCAAAACAUUUAAGUGGGUUACAUAAAAUACAAAAAAAGCACUAAAACUACCAGCGAAAUCAGACAUUGAAAACAAGUUUGCAUAUUAAAAUACACGUCAGCUUUUGCAUGCCUGGGGAGGUUUGCUUAAAGGAUGAAGUUUUUCACAGCUAGGCCAAAAACAGGCCCCUGCCUCAAAUCAAAUUUCUUCCUCGCUGGAGGAUGGAUCCUUGCAAGUGCAAAACAGACAGGAUGUGGCAUGUGUUGCGGGGCUCGUAUUGUGCUGCUGUAAACCUGAUGUGGGGGUCUGUAUUUGGUUGCUCCAUUGCAGGCCCAGAGUGUGCUCCAUGGGGCUGAAGAGCCAGGUGGUGUCCUACCUCGUGUCCCAUGCCCAACCUAUGUACCAGCCUUACCUCACCUUGUGCCAGGGAUACAGGCUCUGCAGUAUGUACAGGUAUGGAAUCAUACUCAGCCUUUUUAGUGUAGAGCAGGGUUUCCCAAACUUGGGUCUCCAGAUGUUGUGUGUUUUGUUUUUUUUGGACUACAACUCCCAUCAUCCCUAGCUAGCAGGAGCAGUGGUCAAGGAUGAUGGGAACUGUAGUCCAGAAGCAACAGGAGACCCAAGUUUGGGAAACCCUGAUUUUUUUUAAAAAAAGGCAAAUAAGAGCUGGAAGUUUUAUCAAAUUAAGCACAGCAUGGGAAAAAAUGGAUAGAAGAAUAAAAAUGUUUUACUGCCUUUCUAAGUAACACUGGAAAUGGCAGAGAUCCAAGGAAGUUGAAUGCUGGAAGAUUCAGAGCAGAUGAAAGGAAGGACUUACUCAGUCGGCACAUAGCUAAACUGUGGGACUCUCUCCCUGCAGGAGGCAGGAAUGGCUACCAAUUUGGAUGGCUGUAAAAGAGGAUUGGACAAACUCAUAGAAGAGAAGCUGCUGAUGGCUACUAGUCGUGAUGGCAAUCCUCUGCCUCCGUAGUUGGAGGCUGCAGUGCUUUUGAAUACCAUUUCCUUGCAACUGCUGGAGGGGGAGAGGGCUCCUGUGCUCAAAUCAUGCUUGGGGGCUUCUCAUUGAGGCAUCUGGUUGGCCACUGUGAGGACAAGAUGUUGGGCUGGAUGGGCCUCUUCUGGCCAUCCAAAUGUUCGUCUUACUUUCUUUUGAACGCUUUUGUUUCCUUUUUCUCGUGGAAAUGGUAAAAAUAGCCAUUUCUUUUUUUAAAAGCCUUGCAGGCUCUGAAUACUAAAUCUUUGUGUUUUGGCGUUCUUUGCAGAACCAUCUACAAAACUGCCCAGCGCCUAGCCUAUCGGAAGCAGUCCUAUCCAACAUAUGCCUGCUGUCCUGGGUGGAGACGGGCAAAUGGUGCCCCUGGGCAUGGAUGCAGUAUAGGUAAGCCUCUCAUUCACUCACUCAUUCAUUCAUUCAUUCUUCGCUUGGUUUCCCAAUCAUAGAACCAUAUACUCAUAGAAUUGUAGAGUUGGAAAGGCACCCAAAGUUCAACCCCCUGCAAUGCAGGAAUUUCAACGAGGUCAAAUGUGACAGGCGUAUGCUUGAAAACAUCCAACAAAGAAGAGUCCACCACCUUCUGAGAGAGUCUGUUUCACUGUGAAACAGUUCUUACUGAAAGAUUUUCCUAAUGUUUGGUUGGAAUCUCCUUGCUUGUAACUUGAAGCCAUUGGUUUGGGUCCUACCCUCCAGAACAGGAGAAAACAAGCCUACUCCAUCUUCCAUGGGACACCCUUUUAGUUAUUUGAAGAUGGCUAUCAUAUCUCCUCUUCGUCUCUUACCCGACUAAACAUACCCAUCUCCCUCAACUAGUCCUCAUAAGGCUUGGUUUCCAGACCCUUGAUCAUCUUGGUCACCCUCCUCUGCCCAUGUUCCAACUUGCCAAUAUCCUUGAAUUGUGGCACCCAGAACGGGACGCAGGACUCCUGGUGGUGUCUGACCUAGGCAGAAUAGAGUGGAACUAUGACUUCCCUUGAUCAGGAUACUAGACUUCGUUGGUGCAGCCUAGAAUUGCAUUAGGUCUUUUUGUUGCUGCAUCACCCAAUUGACUCACAUGAAGAUUGUGGUCCACUAAUUCCCCUAGAUAGUUUUCAUAUGUACUACUGGCAAGCUAGGUGUCCCCCAUUUUAUAUUUAUGUAGCUAGUUCUUCCUGCCAAAGUGUAGAACCUUACAUUUGUCCCUAUUGAAAUUCAUUUUGUUAGUUUUGGACUAGUUUUCGGAUCCGUCAAGGUAAUCUUGAAUUCCAAUUCUGUCUUCUGUGGCAUUAGCUACCCCUCCCAGUUUGCCGUCUGCACCUAGUCAUCUAUAAAGAUGUUUAACAGCAACGGGCCCAGAACAGAACCCUGUGGCAUUCCUCUUGUCACUUUUCCCAAGGAUGAUGAGGAAUCAUCUGAGGCUCUGAGAUUACAUCUGCAACCUGUUUAGUACCCUUGAGUUUAGCUCAUCAGGAUGUCGAGAUUUGAAUUCAUUUAAAUUAACUAGGCAUUCCCUUAUCACCUCUUCUCCUAUCUUAGGCUGCAGUUCCCUUGUUGCAUCUUCUAUUCUGUUAUCGCUAGAUUGGACACUGAUUUCCUUUUGGGUGAAGACAGAGGCAAAGUAGGGGUUGAACAGUUCCGCCUUCUCUCAGUCACCCAGCAGCAUUUUGCCAUCUUCCCUAUGCAAGGGACAAUACCAUCUUGGGAGUCAAGAUAACCCCACAAUUAAUUGGUAGUGGAUGCAGCAAUGAGCUUAUAUAUGUUUAUAUUCAGUUGCUUUGAUAUAAGCUAAUUAGCUUACUUUGAUGUUAUCAUUAUCUGUGGGGUUUGGGGUGUUGGGCUCUGAACUCAGAAAAAAGAACCAUUUAGGAGGUCUGCGGAUUUGCCACCAGUGCAAAUUAGUCAGGUGAAAUUAUGUAUGCUGCUUUGUAUAUAAAGAAUGGAUGCCCAUUUGCUCGGGCUGCAAGUGAGCAGUGGGGACACCACCAUUUGCCAGUAUCUGUUUAUUUGUUGCACUCAAACCCCACCUUUUUACUCCCAAGGAGCUCAAGGUGGCCUGCCUGGUUCUCUCCCUCCUUGUUUAAUCCCCACAACAACCCUGUGAGGUAGGUCAGGCAGAGAGGCAGUGACUGCCUCCUUGUGUUACACCCACUGAGCUUCAGGGCCAAGUUGGGGGGGUCUGUCUCAGGUCCAGUGUUCAUAGAAUCAUAGAACUGUACGGUUUGAAGGACCCCAAGGGUCGUCUAGUCCAACCCCCUGCAAGGCAGGAAUCACAGCUACAGCUUCCCUGACAGACAGAUGCCCAGCCUCUGAUUAAAAACCUCCAAUGAAGGAGAGUCCACAACCUCUCAAGGGAUUCUGUUCAACAGGCCACUGUGGCCUCUUACCCAGUCAUUAUAUUACUAAUUGAUUUUGAGAAGCAACACACACAGUUUGAAAGCAGAAACAUUUUCCUGGGCCACGUUUAAGGAUCUUCCUUCCCACACACCCCUGUUUUAACCAUGGCCUUCUCUUCCAGCAAUCUGCCGCCCCCCUUGCCAGAAUGGUGGGAAGUGUCUGUCCCCUAACAAGUGUUCUUGCCCUUCAGGAUGGAGCGGAAGGAGUUGCCAGAAAGGUAAAGGCCACUUCCUGCCCCCCAAAAAUUGGUCCUUGAGGACCUUUCUAACCAUUUUCUCUCCCUUUCUAUCUGUCUAUCUAAAUACAUCAGGGCUGCCUUCCAUGGGUGCUCAGAAUGAAUUUGCGGGUGCAGGUCUCUGGUGGUCACAAUCUCAACUUCCCUUGCAAAAAAAGAAAACAAAAGCAGUUUUUUAAAAAAAGAUUGAAUUUGUUUAUUUAUUGAAUAAGCCUGGCCCUUCACCCCCAGUUAGAAACAUACAAAAAUAGUUUACAACUAAAAUCAUUCUAUGAUUGCCACGAGAAACAUACUUGUAUCUGCUCUGAUGGUGGUGAAAACAGCUACAUGCAAGGGAAGCUGGCUGAGAUCGUAGUACUGGAUAAUUGUAGGGUUGGAAGGGACCCCAAGGGUCACUUAGUACAACCCCCGCAAUCAAGCGGUAUAUAGUUUGGGGCUUUGUGACUUUGCUCUUGUGGCUGGACUAAGACCCAUCCUUUAGGACACAAUUCCUUUUGUGGUUUCAGAUGUGGAUGAAUGUGCUGGAGGGAGACACGGGUGCAGCCAUACCUGUCACAAUGUGGUUGGGAGUUACCGCUGCACCUGCCAGCAAGGUUACGAACUCGGUGCGGAUGGAAGGACCUGUGAGGCUCUGGGGGUGCCCACGGAUGCCGUGAGCCCAGGUAAGGCCAACGUAGACUAGGCGAACUCUUGGGGUGGCCUUGUAGUUUGCCUUGCAUUUCAGCCAUUAUUAUUCUAAAUAGUGCAUAAGUAAAACUGUGGAACUCACUUCUGCAGGAGACGGCCACCAACUCGGAUGGCUUUAAAUGAGGAUUAAACUAAUUUCACGGAUGAGAGGACUGUCAGUCGGUACUAGCCAGGUUGGCUAAUCUCUGCCCUCAUGGUCAGAGGCAGUAGUGUUUUUGAAUCCCAGUUGCUGGAAGUCACAGGAGGGGAAAGUUGCUAUUGUGCUCAGGUCCUGUUUGGGGUCUUCUUCCCAUGGGCACCUCUGGGUGACCAUUGUGGGUUUGUCUUUUUUCCCCCCUUAAUCCUUGGGCACGUCCACCAAAGGUGAAAGAAUGUGCCUUCAGUUUCUUUACAUUUCCAACAUUUAUUAUCGGGCAAAUGAUAGAUUUUUGCAAGCUUGACUGGUGUCAUGUACCACCUGUAUAUCAUUUUCAUAAUAUUCUCUCUUAAGGCAUUACAUGCCGUAAACUUCAUACCUGUGGUCCAUAACUGUUCCCAGUCAGCCAUCAUUAGACCAUUGUGGGUUUGUCCACACUUCCACUUGUCCUGUGCCUAGAAAGCAUGGGUCUGAGUGGGUUUUUUUGUUUGCCCUGCUGCUUUCCCCCCAGGGAAAACUUUUGUUUACCACUGAAUCGGAACAAAAUCAAACUGCAGAAAAAACUGAUUGGCAUUGGUUCCGAUUCAGCAGUAAACAGUGCAUUUCCCCAGGGGAAAGCAGUGAGACAAGGGGAAGUGUAGAAAAGCCCCGGGAGAGCAAGAUGCUGAACUGGAUGGGCCACCGCUUCCUCUUGUGGCAGUCGGUUCCCUAGCUUAACUCUGUGCUGCAUGAUGAAGUCCUUCUUUUUAUCUUGAAUCUUCCAACAUUCAAGCUUCACUGGAUAUCACCCAGGCCUUUGGAGGACAUUGAUCCAUUCACACCAGUAUUUGUGCUCUGAUCCUGCUUGUGGGCUUCCCAUUGGGGCGUCUGGUUGGCCCCUGUGAGAGCAGGAUGCUGGACUAGAUGGGCCAUUGGCCUGAUCCUGCAGGCUCAUCUCAUUUUCUGCCCUUUGUUAUCAGAGGCAUUCAAAUUGCACUACCUUUUCUUUUGCUGCUGCUGCUGCACCACACUGUUAACUAGGAGAAAACCAGCUUUCUCCUAUCAUCCAUAAGUUGUGCUUUGGGGCAGCCCUUGUGCUCUUCGUCACCUUUGCCUACCUGUUCUGCAUAACAUCCGUGUGUGGCCUUGCCAUAACUCCUCUUAAGUGCCCAGUCUGAGCUCCAGUGGGCUGAAGGAGCUGCUUCCCCCAUAGUCUGUUUGCCUCCAUUGCCCUCUAGCCUCCUGGAAGAAAAGAAGCACCCCGAGCCAAGGCUGACUGCCGCCCAUUAUUACUUUUGGUACGCGCUGUGCCACUUCAAACUCGUACCGUGAGUAAUAAUGCGCGGAAGCCCGGCACCUGCGCCAGAAGGACGUGAGAGGACCAACGCAUCGUCUUCAGAUUCUCAGGUGUGCUGCAGAGGACAUCCCCAGUGCUGUGGGAACGACCCCAUGCUGCCACCCGUGGCCUACAGAGAUGUCCUUCUGCCUGGGCAGGACUGGUCAAUGGAAACCCUUGCUGUGCAGAUUAUGGAAUUGCAGGUGGGCAGCACACUCAUGCUCAGGUCCUGCUCUGGGCACCUGGUUGGCCACUGUGAGAACAGGUGGCUAGACCAGAUGAGCCCCCUUUGGCCAGAUCUACUGUUACCGCAGAACUUCCAUGCCCAGGGACAGUCCAGCUAUGAAUACCAGAUCAAUUGAAUCUUCAAUUUCUUUUGUUCAAGGAACCACUGUCUUACUUGUAUUUUUUUUCUCCCUCUUUGCCGUGAAACCUGUGCAGCUAGGACCACCAACCUGAUGGUGGAGGAUGAAGUUCGGCAGCUGAAGACCAGGAUGGCCGCUCUGGAGGAAGUGAGUCUUCUCUGCUAGUUCUUGGUGGGUGGAAAGAGGGUCCCUCUGCAAGGGUGGGGAACAGGUGGUUGGCUCCUGGCCCUUUGCAAGUAAUUUACUAUUGUCGUGGUAGAACAUCCAUGCCCAGGGGCAGUCUACCUGCAAGUACUAGUUGCUGGAAACCACAGGCGGGGAGAAUUGCUAUUGCUUUUGGGGACUUUUUCCCAUCAGGGCUGCUGGUGAGGCCACUGUGAGGACAGAAUGCUGGACUAGAUGGACCCACUUUGGCCUGAUCCGGCAGCCAGGCUCAUCUCAUGUUCUUACAUUUAACAGAUGCUGGGGUGGGUGAGAGAAGGGUUCCUGGUGUGGGGGUUUUGAGUGGCUUGUUGGCUGGUCUUGAUUAUGAACCUCUCCAUGGGUGGUUUUCCUUCUGUAGUUAUGCCUUAGUUAACCAUGGCAGCAAUGGUUCCUCUUCUUUUUUUAAUCAAAAGCGGCAGCUGGGGUCACACCUGGUCUUUGUGGGUAGAUACCUGUUGCUCACCUACUCACUAAAGGUUUACCUGUUUCUCUUCCACCACUCCCCCCCCCCCCGGCCUGCCAAACGUCUCUGGGUAGAAAUUUCAGCUCACGCUAGCGCCAUUCCUCAAAGUGGAGGUACCAGGGUUGGAGGGGACCCCUGCUGACCCCAUCACCCUCCUGGUGCACUCUCUGCAGAAGCUGGACAGAAUCGACUCUCUCAGUGAGCAGAUCUCUUUCCUGGAGGAGCGGCUGGAGAUUUGUAAGUGGCAAUAAAGUGUGUGCUAGUGGGGGGGGGGGUGGGACUGCACAAGCCUCCCUUUCGUUAACCCUGUUUAUUCCCCUUUCAACAAAUGCUGGGAAAUGGGAAACACACAGGAGCGUAGUGGCAAAUUCAGAAGUUCAGUGCCUAUUCUUGAUAAUUACACCCCUUCUAAGGUGAUACAACCUGGGAGAGCCAGUGGUUAAGAGUGUCGGACUAGGGAUCAAGGAGAGACCAUGGUUUGAAUCCCCCCCCAACUUGGCCCUGAAGCUCACUGGGUGUGACCUUGGGAGCCAUUCACUGCCUCUGAAACGAACCUACCUCACAGGGUUGUUGUGGGGAUUAAAUGAGGACUAGGAGCUUGUAGACUAGGGUUCAAAUCCCCACUCAUGUUUUUAUUAUUUUGUCUUUUAAUAUAUCUGCUUUUAUAUUGUUUUAGUUCUAUUAAGAGUUUAAUUCGUAUUUAACAAUAAUCUUCUAUACUUUUUUAUAUUUUUAUGUGUAUUGAUUUGUUUGUUGAUUUAGCUGCCUUGAAUCCUGGAAGUAGGCUGGGUAUUAAUAAUAAUAAUAAUACUACAAUAAAAGCUGGCAGGGAUGGGGGACAACAUCUUGUUGGAUUUCAAACAGAUGGGAAUAUCAUUUUGAAGGCUUUGAUCACUUCUCUCUCUCUCUGCCUUGCAGGUUCUUGCAAAAAUGAACGUUAAGGAAGACAACAGAAGAUUCAAAUGGAGCAGGACUCCUAGCCUCUUCUGUGUCACCAAAAUAUGCAUCUGUACAGCAGCGAAUAACUUUGUGGACUAAAGAAGCAAAGUGAAGCCAUCAGGCGAUAAAGAAACACAGGAUGCCAGCUAGAAAGGAACUCUUAUUGGCGUCCUGAAAAUUAAGCAAGCUGCAGCUUCUGGUAAUAGAGGAGCUUGCAACCCUCAUCCCCAAAUGUGGUACAUAGGAAGCUGCCUUAUACUGAGUCAGACCCUUGGUCCAUCUGGCUCAGUAUUGUCUAUACUGGCAGCAGCGGCUAUCCAGGGUUUCAGUUCUUUCCUUGAAAAUUAAGCAAGAUUCUAGACCUCAUUGUUUUGUAUAAAGGACUCAAGUAGCAACAAAAGAAGUUAGAACAUUGGCCUUUUUAGCUCAGUAAACUACCCGGUUUGUUUGUUUUUUGGUUGGUGGAAGGAGAAGAGAGGAUGAAGGCUGUGUUAUCUUAAAGCAGCUUUGCUCAAACCUGAUACCUUUGGGACUACAACUCCCAUCAUUCCUAGCCCUUGAGCCAUGCCAGCUGGGGUGGGUGGGUGGCUGACGGGAGUUAAGCGUCUGGCAACAUAAUCAGGCCAGUGGCCCAUCUAGUUCAGCAUCCUCACAAGAGUCCAGUGGCAUCUUAGCUGUGAUUCCUGCAUUGGGUUAGAAUUAGAUGAUCCUUGGGAGCCCUUCCAACUUUUCAGCUCUACAAUACUUAUGUUCUGGAGAGCUGCAGGUUCCACCCAACUCUGAGCCAUGCCUCCUGUUUUCUUCUGCCACCAUAAGCAUGUUCAAAAUCUUCCUAUUUUGAAAAUAAUUGUCUAGAGAGAACUUAAUGGUACAAUUUACUCAUUCUUCUGCAAAAAGGCUCAGCACCAGUCGACACCUGAUGCAAUAUUAUUAUUAUUUUCCUUUUGGAAAUAAGUUGUUUUUUCUCUCCAAUAAAAGACACACACACAAA